AAUAUACUAAAGUCUCUAGUCUACUGUUUGCUAUCAAACUGAAAGGUGUUGACAAACCCCGGAUCGUAUUUCAUUAGGUAUUGCUAGUAUGUCAGAGGAAGAUCCAUAUAUGUAUGACGGCGAUUCGCUGGUGAUUACACCAGAAGAUUGUUGGACUGUCAUUUCAUCAUUUUUCCAUGAGAAGGGGUUGGUUUCCCAGCAAUUAGACUCCUUUGAUGAAUUCAUCGAAACAACCAUCCAAGAGUUGGUUUGGGAAGACUCACAUUUGAUUUUAGAUCAACCAGCACAACACACGUCUGAAGAUGAUAAUGAAAAUAGACGUUAUGAAAUUACCUUUGGGAAAAUUUAUAUUUCUAAGCCUACUCAAACUGAAGGUGAUGGUACUACUCAUCCAAUGUUCCCACAAGAAGCACGUUUACGUAACCUUACAUACUCUUCCCCACUCUAUGUUGAUAUGACCAAGCGAGUGUUUAAAUCCGAUGACAACAAGCGUGUGAAUAAUGAAUUACAAUGGAUUGAAGAAAAAGUUGAAGUUGAAGAACCACAAACUAAAGUAUACCUUGGUAAAGUACCAAUUAUGUUAAGAUCUAAGUUUUGUAUGUUACGUGACUUGGGUGAGCACGAAUUCUACGAAUUAAAGGAAUGUCCUUAUGAUAUGGGUGGUUACUUUGUCAUCAAUGGUUCUGAAAAGGUUCUUAUUGCCCAAGAAAGAAGUGCGGCAAAUAUUGUACAAGUUUUCAAGAAGGCAGCUCCUUCUCCUAUCUCUCAUAUUGCCGAAAUUAGAUCUGCCAUUGAAAAGGGGUCACGUUUGAUUUCUUCUAUGCAAAUUAAGUUGUAUGGUAGAGAUGACAAGGGAACUACAGGAAGAACCAUCAAGGCAACUUUACCAUACAUUAAGGAAGAUAUUCCAAUUGUAAUUGUGUUUAGAGCCUUGGGAGUUGUUCCAGAUGGUGAUAUUUUGGAACAUAUUUGUUAUGAUGCUAAUGAUUGGCAAAUGUUGGAAAUGUUAAAGCCAUGUGUAGAAGAAGGGUUUGUUAUUCAAGAACGUGAAGUUGCCCUUGAUUUCAUUGGUAGAAGAGGUGUUUUAGGUAUCAGAAGAGAAAAACGUAUUCAAUAUGCAAAGGAUAUCUUACAAAAGGAAUUAUUACCACAUAUCACUCAAGAAGAAGGUUUUGAAACUAGAAAGGCUUACUUCUUGGGUUAUAUGGUGAAUAGAUUAUUACUUUGUGCAUUGGAAAGAAAGGAACCAGAUGACAGAGAUCAUUUCGGUAAGAAACGUUUGGAUUUAGCUGGUCCAUUAUUGGCCAACUUGUUCAGAAUCUUAUUCAGAAAAUUAACCAAGGAUAUUUACAACUAUAUGCAAAGAUGUGUUGAAAAUGAUAAAGAAUUUAAUUUGACUUUGGCAGUGAAAUCUCAAACCAUUACCGAUGGUUUACGUUAUUCUUUGGCUACUGGUAACUGGGGUGAACAAAAGAAGGCUAUGAGUUCUCGUGCCGGUGUUUCCCAAGUUUUGAAUCGUUACACAUAUUCUUCUACUUUGUCGCAUUUGAGAAGAACAAAUACUCCUAUUGGCCGUGAUGGUAAGAUUGCAAAGCCAAGACAAUUGCAUAAUACCCAUUGGGGUCUUGUUUGUCCUGCAGAAACUCCUGAAGGUCAAGCGUGUGGUUUGGUCAAGAAUUUAUCUUUAAUGUCUUGUAUUUCCGUUGGUACUUCUUCAGAACCAAUUUUAUACUUUUUAGAAGAAUGGGGUAUGGAACCAUUGGAAGAUUAUGUUCCUUCUAACUCUCCAGAUUCCACCAGAGUGUUCGUCAAUGGUGUUUGGGUUGGUACUCAUAGAGAGCCUGUACAUUUGGUUGAUACCAUGCGUAAUUUAAGAAGAAGAGGUGAUAUUUCUCCAGAAGUUUCUAUUAUUAGAGACAUCAGAGAAAAGGAAUUCAAAAUUUUCACUGAUGCUGGUCGUGUUUAUCGUCCAUUAUUCGUUGUGGAUGAUGAUCCAGAAUCUGAAACCAUGGGAGAAUUGAAAUUACAAAAGGAAAACGUUCAUCAAUUAUUGAAUUCUGAAUACGAUGAAUUUGAUGAUGAUACUGAAAACUCUGGCUAUAAUUGGACCUCUUUGGUAAAUGAAGGUAUUGUUGAAUAUGUGGAUGCUGAAGAAGAAGAAACUAUUAUGAUCGCCAUGUCUCCAGAAGAUUUGGAAGCAAGUAGAUCGGCCAUGACUGAAACUCAGCAAAAAACCGUACAAAUGGAAGAGCAAGAGCUUGACCCUGCCAAGAGAAUUAAGCCUACCUUUAGUGGUAGCACACAUACUUUCACUCAUUGUGAAAUUCAUCCAUCGAUGAUUUUAGGGGUUGCUGCCUCUAUUAUUCCAUUCCCAGAUCAUAACCAAUCUCCUCGUAACACAUAUCAAUCUGCUAUGGGUAAGCAAGCUAUGGGUGUAUUCUUGACCAAUUAUGCCGUCAGAAUGGAUACCAUGGCUAAUAUCUUGUACUAUCCUCAAAAGCCUUUGGCCACCACUAGAGCUAUGGAACAUUUGAAGUUCCGUGAAUUGCCUGCUGGUCAAAACGCUAUUGUAGCUAUUGCCUGUUACUCAGGUUAUAACCAAGAAGAUUCUAUGAUUAUGAAUCAAUCUUCUAUUGAUCGUGGUUUAUUUAGAUCUUUGUUCUUUAGAUCUUAUAUGGAUUUGGAAAAGAGACAAGGUAUGAAGGCUUUAGAAACAUUUGAAAAGCCAACUAGAUCUGAUACCUUAAGAUUAAAGCAUGGUACCUAUGAAAAGUUGGAUGAUGAUGGGUUAAUUGCUCCUGGUGUUAGAGUCAGUGGUGAAGAUAUCAUCAUUGGUAAGACUACGCCAAUUCCUCCUGACACUGAAGAACUUGGUCAAAGAACUCAGUACCAUACAAAGAGAGAUGCUUCUACUCCGUUGAGAAGUACCGAAUCCGGUAUUGUUGACCAAGUUUUGUUAACUACUAACGGUGAUGGUGCUAAGUUUGUCAAGGUUAGAAUGAGAACAACAAAGAUUCCUCAAAUUGGUGAUAAAUUUGCUUCCAGACAUGGUCAAAAGGGUACUAUUGGUGUUACUUAUAGACACGAAGAUAUGCCAUUCUCAUCUCAAGGUAUUGUUCCAGAUUUGAUUAUUAAUCCGCAUGCUAUUCCAUCUCGUAUGACAGUCGCCCAUUUAAUUGAAUGUUUGUUGUCGAAGGUUUCUUCAUUAUCUGGGUUGGAAGGUGAUGCUUCUCCUUUCACUGAUGUCACUGCUGAAGCCAUUUCGAAGUUGUUGAGAGAACAUGGUUACCACUCUAGAGGUUUUGAAGUUAUGUACCACGGUCACACUGGUAAGAAGUUGAUGGCACAAGUCUUUUAUGGUCCAACUUACUACCAGAGAUUGAGACACAUGGUAGAUGACAAGAUCCACGCCAGAGCUAGAGGUCCAGUCCAAGUCUUGACCAGACAACCUGUAGAAGGUAGAUCUAGAGAUGGUGGUUUACGUUUCGGUGAGAUGGAAAGAGAUUGUAUGAUUGCUCAUGGUGCUGCCGGAUUCUUGAAGGAAAGAUUAAUGGAAGCAUCCGAUGCUUUCAGAGUUCAUGUUUGUGGUAUGUGUGGUUUGAUGUCUGUCAUUGCCAACUUGAAGAAGAACCAAUUCGAAUGUCGGUCAUGUAAGAAUAAGACUAACAUCUACCAAAUCCAUAUCCCAUAUGCAGCCAAAUUGUUGUUCCAAGAACUUAUGGCUAUGAACAUUUCUCCUAGAUUGUACACCGAAAGAUCAGGAGUGAGUGUACGUUUUUAAAGCAUAUCCAUAAUAUAAGGUGUUCGUUCAAAGUACAGUCUUAAGUCGAAACACUAAAAACUAGAAAAAAAAAAAGAAAAAGAAAAGAAGUAACAUACCGGGUGCCCUGGGGGUACAAUCACUUGUAUUUUAUGUAAGUCAAUAUAC